AUAAUUAUGUCAACAAGGCGUAGUUCUACAAGAGCAGACUCCACAACAAAGCGACCAGCUUCCCCAAAUAGCACGCCGAAUGCUGCACUCGGGAUUUUCGUUGCUAUCGCUCGUCAAAUUCUGUUCAUCGAUGCUCGAAAAGUUGCCCUCUUCUAUCUGGCUUUUGUGACUGUGCUCUCUUUCAUCGAGUCCCGUAUUGAACUAGAUUCCACGUAUUAUUUGGUCCAAAAGCACAGUGUUCUGAAUCAAUAUGGAGUAAAAAUGGGAUGGUUUUGGACACUUGUCAUCGUUGGUCCAUUUAUUUGGUUCUCUUCAAAAGCUCACAAUCGUCGUGAUCGUGAUCAACCAAUCGUUGAUGUGUGCCGUCUUGGAGUGGGAACCGCGUGUUGGUACUUUUCUGUGCAAUUUUUCCACAAAGUUCUUGCACUAACCUCAAUGUGUGACAAAGGACGUACUCUGACUCGUGCUCAGUGUUCCGAAAAAGAAGGUGUCUGGACGCCAGGAUAUGAUAUUUCAGGUCACUGCUUCUUGAUGAUCUACAGUAUUCUGAUUAUCACUGAGGAGGCGAUUGCUUACCGUCAUUAUCAACAAGUAACUGAUGCAGUUCAUCAAAUGGACGGUGAUCGUGAAGAACAUGAUCGUUUGACUCGAUGCAUUCAAUAUUUCUUCGUCGCAAUGUUGUUCCUUCAUGCAUUCUGGUUCAAGCAAAUUAUCAUCUCCGUUCUUUAUUAUCAUAUCUUCAUUGAAGAGAUUCUCGGAGCUGUGGCCGCUGUCGUUUGCUGGUUUGUGACCUACCGCAUGCUCUAUCCAGCCGGAUUCUUGGCCUCCCCAAUUCGCCGGACUGUGGGCAGAAAAUAAAUAUUAUCAAUGUGAAUAUUUUCAAAAUUCUAGUCCUCCUUUUGUGUGUUAAUUAAAAUCCUGAAAUUUAAACUUUUUGUAAAAUCGUCUUACAUCCCCUCUAUUGCCUCGUUUACUGGUUUCUCCUUUAAUUAAGUAACUGUUAAUGUUCUGUUUUUGUUUUAUUUAUAUAAAUUCAUUAU